AUGGGGCGUUGUAGAGCCCUGCUCGGGGCCCUGCUGUUGCUAGUGGGUGGGAUCGGCAUGGCCGGCGCUGCUGCUACUACUACUGCUGCUCCACCAGAGUAUCCUUUUCGUAACCCGGACCUGCCAUGGGCUGCACGACUUGAUGAUUUGGUCGGUCGGCUGACGCUCGAGGAGAAGCUACAACAGCUGCAGCAUGGCGGUGCUGCACAAAUGACACCAGCGCCCGCUGUCGAGCGACUUGGGAUCGGACCCUUUGUCUGGGGCUCUGAGUGUGUCACUGGCCUGGGCACUGAUGGGAAUGAUCCUCACGGCACGGCGUUUCCUCAGCCGCUGGGCAUGGCCGCCACAUUUGAUCCGGCCCUGCUCAAGCGUGCUGCAGGCACCAUUGCACUUGAACUGCGCGCUCAGCGCAAUUUUGAUCGCGAGAAUGGCGUCGUCAAGUUCCAUCACGGUUUGAGCUGCUGGUCUCCUGUGGUCAACAUCAAUCGCCACCCUUUGUGGGGUCGCAACGACGAAACCUUUGGUGAAUGCCCCGUUCUCAGCUCCUUCAUGGCCCGAAGCUUUGUCGAGGGCAUCCAGGGCAACCACACUCGAUACUACGCAGCAGCCGCCGCCUGCAAGCAUCUGGAUGUUUACGGUGGACCAGACAACCUGCGCUACGUGUUUGAUGCAGAUGUGUCUCAGGCCGACCUAACGGGCACCUUUCUGAUGGCCUUUGAGGAAUGUGCCGCGGCUGGUGUAAUGGGCUACAUGUGCUCGUACAAUAGCAUUCGAGGCGUCCCGGCUUGUGCCAACUAUCGAACCAUGACUUUUUUCGCCCGCGAACAGUGGGGUUUUGAGGGAUACGUGGUCUCGGAUCAAGGCGCCGUCUUUCGCAUCACCGAAUCCCACAACUACACGGCCAACCAGACGCUGGGGGCCGUAGCUGCGCUCAAUGCCGGCUGUGACAUGGAGGACUCGGACGAUGCGCAACAUGUGGCUUAUUACAACCUCAGCCUGGCUCUAGACCUCAAGCUGACCGACAUGGCCACAAUCGAUGCUUCCGUAUCCCGUCUUUUCUACGUUCGCAUGCGCCUCGGCGAGUUUGACCCACCCGAGAAUGAUCCCUGGCGAUCGUUGAAUAUGAGUAUCGUCUCAAGCCCGGCACAUGUGGAAAUGGCUCGCGACGUCGCCACGGCCAGCAUCGUUCUGCUUAAAAAUCAAAACGAGACGCUACCGCUGUCGGCUGCCGCCAAGAAUGCAUCCUACUGCCUGCUGGGCCCCUUUGCGGAUAACGCCGACCUGAUGAUGGGCAAAUACUCGCCUCACGGCAGUACAAACGUGACUGUCACGUACCGCGCUGGCCUUGCAGCCGCCUUGCAAAACGCCUCCCAGACUGCUUCGUUUCAAUACCUCGAGGGCUGUACUGGCCCUUUUUGUGACGGGCUGGACACGGCGGCAGUUACUACCUUCAUCCAACAGGGCUGUGAUACCGUGUUGCUGGCCGUGGGCACGAGCUACCACGUCGAGUCGGAGAGCUUGGACCGCUCUAACAUGAGCUUCCCCGGAGCCCAGCCCACCUUGGUGCAGACCGUCUUGGAGGCCUUGGGCACAAAGCAGCGGCUCGUCUUGCUGGUCUCUACCGCGGGACCCGUCGAUCUGGCUGCCUUGGAGCAAGACACUCGUGUGGCCGCCAUCUUGGACCUGAUCUAUCUCGGUCAAACAGCGGGCACGGCGCUGGCCGACAUUUUGUUGGGCGAGACAAGUCCGUCAGGCCGUUUACCUUUUUCUUGGCCGAACAAGGUGUCAGAUGUUCCCCCCAUUGACGACUACACCAUGCAAGGUCGCACGUAUCGCUUUGCACAAGCCGACGUGCUCUUCCCUUUUGGAUAUGGGCUGAGUUACACCCAAUUCAAUUUGAGCCAUCUUGCCGCGCCCUAUAUCUUGCCCGUUUGCCAAGCCCUGCGGCUUUCGGUCAACGUCACCAAUACGGGACGUUUGUCAGGUGCCAUCCCCUUGCAGGUGUAUGUCGAGUGGCCCAACGCAGUGGGUGGUCCCAUUCGUCAGCUUGCCACUACAACGCGCGUAUUUGUUGAUGCCGCGAGCUCCAAGACGGUGCAGCUCAGCAUUCGUCCCCGCGAGUUGGCUCGGGCCUCAGACCUCUCGUGUUUCGCGCCCAAGGCGGAGCGUUUGGAGGGCAACGUUUUGCAAAAUGUCUCGAAUGUUCAGAACCACGGUCAAUGCUGCACGGCAUGCCAGCAGUUUGGUGAUCGAUGUGAGGGAUACCGCUUUGCCACCGAUAGCGGCACAUGUGAGCUUCUAAAUGAAUUGCGCGGCCCUGUUCCUGGCACGGUGACGUCAAACUACGAGUCGGCCCACGUGGCUUCUCGCCUGGAGUUACAGACUGGACCUCUAGAGAUUUUUGUGAGCGACCAACAGCCCACUGGUCCACGAACAACGGGAACCAAUGUUCUCCACACGCGGGUACAGCUCUCGGGGAGUGCUUUUGUGUCUGAGUGCCUGUAG